CCUGUCCGUUGCCAGGGAAAGCGCCUACAAGGGGCUGGCUGGCUGCUUUCCCCCCUCCCUCUGCAGCAGCCUCUGGGCUUGGUGCCCUUCAACUCUGCCUACUUGGCUGCUCCUCCCCUCCCCGGCUCUCAAAGGUGCUAUGCUGUUGAAUGGGACACGAGGGCUGAAUCUCUGCUCAUCUGCCCUAAAGCCUCUCCCUCCUACCUUCGCCUCCCAAAGGGGGUUCCCCCCCAAAUUGAGAUGGCAGCUCUUCAGCUCAGGAGGGGAGUAGCUGCCCCACUGACCGGGGGGGAAGUCCUGGAAUCUCGGGACCCAGGGGGGAUGGAGAAGUCAGUCUGCCCACUGCUGGGCUCACCUUUCAGGUCUUGGCAUGGCAGGCAGGGCCUGAGCGUGCCAUCUGCCAAGAGCAGCCGUUCCCACCAGCCGUGCUGAGAUGCUGAAAUGCCAGCGCUCUCCGUUAGCAUGGUUAGCCUGCUCUCUGAUGCUGGGGCUUCGCUAUACUGUGGGCCCAAGUUGGGCAGCUAGGCUCCUUGGGGAAGAACUGGGGGUGUCUGAGUGUUGAGAUGGGUUUUGUGGUGCCAGUUCCCUUCCCUUGCCCAGAGAUCAUUUCAGCUCUGCCCAUUAACUACAGCACAGAGGGCUGAUGGGAGGCUCCUUGGGGCUGCCUUUCCACCUUUCCGUCUUUCCUCCUCGUCCUCCUGAGGUUUCUGGGUUCUCUCUGCUGGAAAGAUGGGAGGGAGUGGCAGGACAAAGAAUUCGAUUCUUUCUGACCCCAGGAGUUUCUGCAAUGGCAGGGACUGCAGGGGAGGAGAGCUGGCCACGUGGCCAGCUGGACGCAGCAGGUCUCUCCCUUCUUGUGGGCAACUGGGAGGUUGCUGGGAGGGCCAGGCUGCCCUUCUCCCCGUGGAGCCUCCAGAUGUUCCAGCCUCUUGGCCUGCGGGCUCUUGGACCCUCUUCUCCAACCCCUGGCCAAGCUGGGCAUCGGGCCCUGCGUCUUCCGGGGUCUCUCCUGCGACCCUCCUUUUGUUUCAGGAGCUACUGUGACAAUCUUGGCUACCACCCGCUCAGUGCCGCAGACUUUGGGAAAAUCAUGAAGAACGUGUUUCCCAACAUGAAAGCCCGGCGCCUGGGCACACGAGGCAAAUCUAAAUAUUGCUAUAGUGGACUUCGGAAGAAAGCUCUCGUGCAGAUGCCAUCCCUCCCCAAUCUGGACUUCCCUAAAACUGGAGACGGGCUGGAUGGGGCAGAGCCUGCUGGGCGCCUGCAGAGUGCCGAUGAGGAGAUCGUGUCUGCCGCCUGCCAGCUGGUCUGCGAGUGGGCCCAGAAAGUGCUCAGCCAGCCCUUUGAUUCUGUCCUGGACUUGGCCCGCUUCCUGGUGAAAAGCCACUACACGGGCACCAAAUCCAUGGCAGCAUUGGCAGUGAUGGCAGGCGCCCCUGCAGGACUCAAGGGGAUCCCCCAGCCGUCGGCUUUUGUCCCGACGGCAGAGAGCAACUCUUUCCAGCCCCAGGUGAAGACGCUGCCUUCACCGGUGGAUGCCAAGCAGCAGUUGCAGCGCAAGAUCCAGAAGAAGCAGCAGGAGCAGAAACUGCACUCCCCUCUGCCAGGCGAGUCCCCUGCCAAGAAGGCCGAGGGCACAGCGAGCAACGGGGUUGCCAGCCUUACGAACGGCAGCCCAGCCAUCCUGUCCCCUCAGUCCAUUGGCAUUGUGGUGGCUGCUGUGCCAAGUCCUAUCACGGUGCCAAGGACCCGACAAUUGGUAACGUCACCUAGCCCGAUGGGCUCAACUGAUGGCAAAGUCCUUCCACUCAAUGUCCAGGUGGUUACUCAGCCCAUGCAGUCUGUCAAGCAGUCACCAAAGACUCCCCAGAAUGUGCCGGCCAGUCCUGUGGGAGAUCGCUCUGCUCGCCACCGCUAUGCCCAGAUCCUGCCAAAGCCAGCCAACACCAACGCGCUCACCAUUCGUUCCCCAACCACAGUGCUCUUCACAAGCAGCCCAAUCAAGACAGUGGUUCCUGCUCAGCACAUGAACGUGGUCAAAAUGACCGCAAUCUCACUCGCCCCAAGUGGCGCCAGUGGCACGCCCGUCAAGCACACAGCCCCUGCCAUUGGCUCGGGAACCACAGAAGAGCCAAGGAAUUUCCCUCAGAUCAAGAAUGGAUCUGUGGUUUCACUCCAGUCCCCAGGAACCAAAGCGAGUAGCGGGGGCCUAGUUUCUGCUUCGUCUUCGGUCGAGGUCAAACUGGAGCCAGAACUGGUGCUGGAUGAGAGCUUGCGACAGAACCAGGACAAUGCGAGCCCUGCUCAAGCGGUCAGAGUCACCCUGCUAACACCAGUGGAUCAGUUGAGGACUGUGGAAACUGAAGCCUGGAAAGGCCGGGCUGAGGAGCGUCUUGGAGCAGCAAGCUGUGACCCCCAGGGGGGAGAUUCGGAGACAAAAUCUCUUUCCCAGGCGCAGGGAUCCCCCCCGGGCCCUUUGGAGGCAGCUCAGCAUGUCUCCAGCGCUGGCAUCACCCCCUCACCUCCUGCAGGCGACCAAGGAUGCCCAAAAGGCCUGCGGAAGAGGCUGCCUUCUGCCUUUGUGGAUGCUCAAGGCCCCCCCAUCAAGAAACUUUCUGUGGGACAGGCAUCUGCACAAGCCCCCAAGACCAGCAAUGCGCAGAAGGCCCAGCAGAUGGGCGGCCUGCCUCUCACUAAAAGUGACAGUCCGGCUACCCUUCUUCAGGGUCCCGGCCAGGCGGCCCUCCAAGUCCAGUCUGCAGCCUCAGGGAUCAGCCUGGAGGCCUCCUGCCCCGUGGAUGCUGACCUCAUCAUUGCCCCCAGCGACUCCCUGCUGGAGCGAUCACCAGCAGCCUCCUCAGCAGGCGUGGAGAUGAAGUUGGAAGGAGACGUCUUUGUCCUAGGAAACAGCUCUAAGUCUGAGGGCAGCCUGAACCCCAACCUGUGGCAGCAGCUGGCCAAGGGCUCCUCCUUCGUCCAGGAAGCCUGCAAGCCCCCGAUCAGUGUUAUGACGCUUGCUGCACCCACUGACUCUGAAGAUCUGCCCAAGUCUGCCUGGGAGCCGGUGCACUUAGAAGGGUUUCAGCAAGCCAGUGCAGCCUUUGGGCAGCCAUUGCCAGAUCAGGGCCAGCCGCCCUCUCUCGAUCAGCCCUUGCCUGGCCAGAGUUCCGGCCAGCUGCCAUUGCAGCAGGAGCUGAAGGACUUUGAGGAUGCCACCUCCCAGUCCCACGAGAACUUCUUCUCCUUCGAUGACGACCUGACCCAGGACAGCAUUGUGGAGGAGCUGGUGCUGAUGGAGGAGCAGAUGUCCCUGAGCACCUCCCAUCUCUACAGCGCCUCCCUGGGGAUGGCUCUCCAGAACCAGGGGGCGACUCAAGGGGCACCCUUGGCCCCUCACUCGAGCAGUGCCCACUUCUAUCACCCAAUCCACAGCAACAGCACUCCUGUCCAUACACCCACGCCCACCCCGACCCCCACCUCUGAAAUCAUGGCAGGAUCGCAAGGUGUGUCGCGGGAGAGUCCGUGCUCCAGGAUGGCCCAGACCACACCUGUAGACAGCGCCCUGGGAAGCAGCCGGCACACACCUGUUGGCACCCCACACUCCAACUGUAGCAGCAGUGUGCCCCCAAGCCCCGUGGAGUGUAGAAACCCCUUUGCCUUCACCCCUAUUAGCUCCAGCAUGGCCUACCACGAUGCCAGUGUGGUUUCCAGCAGUCCUGUGAAGCCCAUGCAGCGGCCCAUGGCCACUCACCCCGAUAAAACCAAGCUGGAAUGGAUGAAUGCCGGCUAUGGCAGCUUGGGGAGCUCCUCUGUCACCAGCCAUGGGAUUCUGCCUGGCUACCAGGAGUCGGUCGAAGACCGCUUCAGGAAACCCCAUGCCUUUGCUAUCCCUGGCCAGUCCUACCAGUCUCAGUCACGGCACCAUGAUCCCCAUUUUGGGCGAGUGACCCCCGUCUCCCCUGUCGGCAACAAGCAGGAAGGUUUUGCCGUCCCUGCUCCUCUCGAAAGCAAAGGGGCUGGCUCCUCUCACGGCAGCCAUUUCAGAUGCCGGAGCGUCAGUCCCGCCGUGCACCGCCAGCGGAAUCUCAGCGGAAGCACCGUCUGCCCUGUCACUGCUGUGCUUCGCUCUGGAACGACCACGGGCUCUUUCGGGAGUCCGGUCGCCCCAGAAGUUCACGCCUCCUUGGUGAACGUCCAUGCAGACCCAAGUGCCAGCAACCUCGCCCAGCGCAGCCAGUCGGUGCCCCUGACGGUGAUGAUGGAGACGGCCUUUCCGCAGCCUCAGAAGCAGCCAAGCUCCAAGAAGAUCACCAACGUCUUGCUUAGCAAGCUGGACUCGGAGAACGAUGAUGCCGUGCGUGGCCUGGGCAUCAACAACCUGCCCUCUAAUUACACCGCCAGGAUGAACCUGACCCAGAUUUUAGAGACUUCUGCUGCCUUUCCAAGUGCCAAUGCCCAGAACAUGACCCCAUGCAGCCCAUCUGUUUUUGAAUUCCAAACACCAGGUUACCUCGCUAAAAACAGCAGCCCCGAUCCGGCAGACUUUGCUUCUGGGGACAAGGCAGUCCAGUCGGAAGCUGGGGAGCAGCAGCUGGAUUUCAGCGGCAGCGUGAAGGAGCUUUUGGAGGAGAGCAGCCUGCAGGGCGACCAGGGCCCCCCCGACUUGAGCAACGUGGCCUCAGUUUUCUCCAGCGACAUGAGGCUGACCUCAGAGCUCUCGGGGAGCAUGACCGACCUGAAUGCGCUGGACACCAAUCUGCUCUUUGAUCCGGCCCACCCGCAGGGCCAAGAUGAUGAGGCAACCCUGGAAGAGUUAAAGAACGACCCCCUGUUCCAGCAGAUCUGCAACGAGUCCAUCAGCUCCAUGGCUUCUGCAGGUUUUGAUUGGAUGGAGAGUAAGGACCAUCCUGCUGUGGAAAUGUUGGGUUAAGGGGUGCGUGUGUGUGUGCGUGCGUGCGUGCACGUGUGUGUAUGUAUACACACAUACAUAUUUGUGAGUGUGUGUGUGUGUAUAUAUAUAUAUAUAUAUGUAUAUAUGUGUGUAUAUAUACGUGUGUGUGUAAAUAUACACACACCCGUGUGUGUAUGUGUGUAUAAAAUCUAUGUAGCACACUGUAUUUAAGAAAAUCUAAAGACAAGACAUACUGUAUUUGUCUUAAUGGAAGUGCCUCCUGCAGCAGAAACAAUUUGUGAAUUUUUUUUUUUUAAAAAAAUUGCUCUCCCAGCUGCUUUAUUCUUCAGCAGGGUGUAUACAAUCUUAACCAAUUUUUAAGGCAUUUCUGAAGAAUGCAACCUGCUCCAGAACCAGUAUUUGGUUUUAAAAUUUUGCUUAUUGCAAAACAUUGCUUGCUGCCUCUGGAGCAUAAAGAGCAUUUGUGGGAGGUUGGAAGGGAGCGUUCCCCACCCAGUCUCCCCUCCAUCUGCUCUGCAGGCCUUCCAUUGGCAUUAGGGUUCCAGAGAGGCAGCGCUAAAAUUGAGAGGGUGCAUGGAUGGGUUGCACGAUGCAUCUGAUCGGGGAGUGCUUCUGCACUCUGGGUAUAAAGAGCCUGUGCAUUUGCUGGCAUGUCGGAGAGCGCAAACUUCCUGAUCUCAAACAUCAUAUGCUCGCAGAGUGGGAAAGGCAGCAGGCGCCAGCGUUCCUAGGUCACUCGAUCUGGAGAUGGUCUCCAGCUGGCCUUUCCCAAACGACGACGGUGGACUUAGCACCCCCUCCAUGGGAGGGCCCUGGCGGGUGCCUCAUUGAUCAGUUGCUGGGGAAAGCCAGUGUUAGACAGGGAGCAGGGAAAUCAGCACAACUUGUCAGUUGGAUGUUAACUCCUUAUCAAGGGCUAAUUUGUGGGCCAGAGCAGGAGAGGCUUCCAGGAAAGGAGAAGCAGCCCGAACCUUUUAUCCCAAAUGGAAAACUUACUCUGCCACGAGUUGCUUCAUAAGCUCUUAUUAAGAAAACACCAGAGUGUUUUAAAAGCAAACAGUUUAACGCUGCUUUUAAUGUCCUUGAGUAGGGAGGUAGUUACAAAUCCUGCUAUUAAUAAAUCUGUUCCUUCCAUGGCAACUCUACCUUAAAAUGUUUGUCAGGAUGUAUAGUUCUUUUUCUCCACAAAAAAACUAGAAUGCAAGAAUAACAGUGAUUCAGGUUUCCCUAACUCACAGGCUUUUGUAAAAAAAAAAAGAAAGAAACUUUUUUCUGCAGAAACUAAUUAGAGUCUCUGGAUUGAUUCACCUGGCCAGAUCUUUCUUUCUGAAGUCAUGCAGAGUUGGAGGGAUCUUGUUAACACCGGAGGGUGAAUUUCCGAGGCCUUCUGUGGUAGCAACCCUGGGAAGCCUGCUGUGGCUGAGCCCGUCCUUGGAAGUGCUCAGCGCCCUCAGGGGUCCCAGGGGCUGACACUUUGAUGCCAGCAGAUGAGCGGCUGUCCUGUGGGCACUGCUCUUGCAUGGCUUCCCUGUCUUGCCAGCUCUGAGCCUCUUUUAACAGCCCAGCUCCAGGGAAGGUGGGAUGGUUCUGCCUCUCGGGAGAGAGGGUGCCCCGAGGCAGCUGACUGGGCAGCUGAGCCAGCCCCUUGCGGUUCAAGGGGCGCCAAUCCCUUCUGUGCUAUUAUGAGGCCUUAUGAGGAAGUGCCCAGGAGGCAGUGCCCUUGCCUUAUGUGAGGGCAGCAGUGGGAGGAGGGAGGGGGCUGGAGUCUAGCCUCUUUUGCUUCCCCUUGGAGACCCAGGAGCCACCACUACUCACCCGAUCCCUGGCUUAAGAGAAGGUCUGUCUCAGCUAGCUUGUUCAGGUUUUAUUCCCACAUAAAGGCAGCCAUGAGAAUCUGCUCUUGUUCAAGCACAUAAACGUUGCUGGGGCAACUUGUUUCUGUGUGGACCUCAGCCAGGGAGGAAGCCUCAGCUUUUUCCAGGAUGGCCCAGGCACGGUGACCCACACUGCUGGGCAUAUUGUUCUUGUAGAGUUACACACACACACACACACACACACACACACACACACACACACACUCAAGUAGUAUUUGUGGGGCUGUUCUAUGGGAUACAUAGAGGUGGAGUCGCUGGGGUGCUGGGCGUAAGCAGUGGGCUUCCCGUGCUCAAAUUCAGGCACCUUUGCAGAGCCCAAGCUCGCCCUCAGUGAGAGAAACAAACACUUCAGUUUCCUUUCCAGCAUAGGAGCCAAGUAUAGCUGGCAUUUGGCUCCUUUUCCCGGCAGGGCUUUGAAGCACACUGGCAGGGAAGCUGCUGGGCCCAAGUUUGAGUUUCAGGGUGAAGCCCCCCCCCAUCCUAGCACCGUCCUCCAAAUGGUGCUAGAGACAGCCAGGGCUCAGGGGUCAUCCACUCACUCUCCUUGGUUGCCUUUCCUGGUGAGCUAAGCACUGCUGGAACCAGGUCUCCGUGUUGUCCUUCCUUGUGGCCCAGCCAGCAGCCCCCUUCCCUGGGAUCAGGGCAGCCAAGGCGAGCCAGUGUUUGAGGAUAUUUUGGGCUGUUCCUCUACCAGGAAAGGCAGGGUGUCCCCGAAGGAAAGGUUGCUUGUCUUAUGUAGCAAAAUUAUCUCAGUGAGAUACAUCUCUUAUUCUCUUACCUGAGAAUUUUACAGCAGGAAAAGUCUGUGUUUGCCUCAUCUCUUGGUGCAUCCUCACCCACGUGCAUGCAGUGUUCUCUCGGCUUGCCUCGUUUGUGCUAGUUAGACUCCUGUCAGUCACCACCCACCAUCGCUCCCUCCCCUGCACUGGAUCGGGGCCAGUUCUGCGCAACCAGGCUGGCGCGGGGAAUUGCCCUCUCGCUUCACAAUCCUGCCAGGCUCAAAGGUUAUCCUCAGCCAGAUGCUGCUUCUUCCCCAAGUGGGCGAAAGCAGCCGUGUGCCCAGCCGUGCCGUGUGCCCAAUGUCUGGGUGAAGAAGCCACUCCUGGUACGCCUGGACCCUCCAUGAACUCCCCUCCCCCAGUCAUCCAGCUUUUGAGGAGUGUUUUGUUGUCUGUUGGACCGCUAAAGGACAGUGGAUAGGUCUUGCCGCGUAGCAUUUCAGUUCAUUUUUUUAUUGGAAGUGCUCAACAUUUGUUUUUUAAUGUUUUCAGGAACAAUAAAACAUUUUCUAUGAA